UGGUGUCAAUCAAAAUACAUCAGAAUAUGUAUAUAUAUGUCAAUGACGAUGUCCUAAUUCUUUUUCUAACUCACUCUCUAUCUCUCGUCUUCUCCGUCGUCUUUCCAGCGGUAGUUCUCGGGUUCACAUUUUUGGGUAUUUGUCAGCCAAAAUGCCUUCCCCAAGCAAGGCUCUAACUCUUGUCGCCUCGGUUGCAAGCAGUCUCAGCAGUUUGUCAAGCACAACACAUGGACGCCGAUCUACUUCGACAACCUCCAUUGCUACUGCUAGCCAUACCGUCGCAGCAUGUGCUGUUGUUAGCAGUCUGUCAUCUGUCGCUCAAGUUGCGUCGCCAUCAGGUAUGUGAAACAGCCACGACGAGGUUAUCCUCAGUGGGAAUGAAGAAGCGUAUUAAGUAGCUAUCCUACAUGUACAAAUUCCCCCGAUAUGUCAAACCUACCCAGGACUAUGUUCUAGGCUUCUAUUUCGAUGAAGCAUGGUUUUAUGAUUGAAUCUCGCACCAAAUCCCGUCGUUCUUGAGGCUGACCUGCUUUUGCUUCUAGCGACACCAAGAGUUGAUGCUAAGUUAGCUCAUGACUGUCUCAACUCAGUCCCAUUGAAUGCAACUGCGGCGCUUCAAUAUGUUAAUGGUUUAGAGCCAUAUAUUGAAUGGCAGUCUGGUAUGUUAUCAACAAUCAUUUUCUGCCACUUCCUGAAUUGGUCAAGAUUCACCUCAACUCCUGGACUUUCUAUAUAAAUGUCCAAUGAUAUCUUGUUGAUGAAGCCUCCAUCAAAUCGAACUCUUCGGCUGACUUUGACAGAUCUUGAGUACCUCAAGGACCCGCCAGCAGAAUACUUCUAUCCUGCGCUUGAUGUAAUGGGUAAACUCGCUACCGUGAAAUCAAACCUUCAGAAGGGUGGUGUGUAUGCGAAUGAGUAUGCGUUUCAACAGGAUUUGUAUCAAAUUUUUGCACUGGCACAUGAUGGACACUUUGUGGUCUAUCCUGAUCUUCUCUCUUCUGCUUUUGACUGGCGCCGUCAGAGAUCUUUGGUAUCCAUCAGCAGUGAUGGGGUUGAAAUUCCCAAAAUCUACAUAUAUGGUAAAUUGAAAGACGAUAUCUUACAAUGAAGUAAAAGUGCUAACCAAUUUUUAAGAGGACAUUAUUGCUUCGCCUUCAACCGCAUCCGAGGUUACAGAGAUAAACGGAGUUGACGCGGCGACGUAUGUAGAAGAUUGGAUCAACCAAGCCUCUUUCAAUCAAGAUGCGGAUGCUGCAUACAACAGCAUGUUUUUUGAGAAAGCAUAUGUGGCAGCAGGUAAGAUAUCUCUUUCAUAUAUGCUAGCACUAAUCUUCUCCAACUAUGCUAAUUCCACUGUUCAGGAGUUUCUGAAGGGUACUUCACAUCUGGUGGUCGUAUCCGAUACAUCUAUCCGGGCUCAAACACUACCUUUGCGUUCGAAAAUGGUACUACUUUGGUUACCGAAAAUUACGCCAAUGUGAAAGGAGACUUUACCGGUGUUACUGAUGGAAAGUCUUUUUACCAAAAGUUCUGCGUUCCAACCACCACCACCGAGUCCGCCGAAGCAACGGAGGCAGAUCCCGCAGCCGCGAUUGUAACUGCUAGUGGAUAUCCUACCCCUGUUGUUAUUACCAACGACACUAUUGUCGGAGGAUAUUAUCUCAGUGAGCCGGGUUUCGAGGAUGUUGCAGUCUUGACUCUUUUGGCAUUUGAGUCUGAGUCGGUUGCAGAAUUCCAAGCCGUUAGCCAAACCUUCCUUGCUGGUGCAGUUCGGGAUGGAAAGACAAAAUUGAUCGUUGACUUGCAAGCAAAUGGUGGUGGUUACAUCUUGCAAGGCUAUGAUCAAUUUCGACAACUUUUCCCUGAUAUCGUUCAAGAUGGAAAUAGUAGAAUGAGAGAAAGUAAUACAUUUCUAACGGUAGCUAAGAUAUUUUCAGAGAACAUUCCCGCAGAUUGUAAGUGAAAUGUUACUGACCUUUGAUUUACACAUUCAAACUAACAUGCUACAAGAUGACCCAAGCACGGCAUCGUCAAAGUUGAUUAACGAGUACCAGACUUGGUUCAACUACCGCUAUGAUUACAACACGAGUAAUCAACACUUCUUGACAUUUGAAGAUAAAUUUGCGCCGCAUGUCUACAGGGAUGAUAACUACACGAACCUUAUGCGCUGGGACCUUAAUGAUCCAAUCACCACAAUCAAUAGCACAUUCGGCUUGGGCAUUGAGGUCUCCGGAUAUGGAUCCUUAAGUAACCUGACCCAACCUUUCGCUGCGGAAGACAUCGUCAUGAUCUACGAUGGUUUUUGUGCCUCAACUUGCACUAUCUUCAGCGAAUUCAUGCGCCUUCAAGCAGGGGUUAAAUCCAUCGCCUUUGGAGGACGACCCAACAGCGAUCCCAUUCAAGGUGUCGGUGGUAUCAAAGGAGCACAAGUCAGUGAGUUUAGUGACAUCUACUCUUAUGCACAAAGGGCGAUUUCGUCCCCAAACGCAACACCAGAGGACAUUGCCAUUCUCAAUCGUCUCACAACCUACCCGAUUGACCGAAGUACAGAUUCAGUAAUCAAUCUGAGAGAUGCCAUUCUCCCUGGGAAUGAGGAUGAUGGGGUCCCCGCUCAAUACGUAUACGAAGAAGCGGAUUGCAGAUUAUACUGGACAGCGCCGAUGAUUACAGACGUAGAAAAGGUAUGGGAGGCAGCUGCUACAGCGGCUUGGGGCGGUGGUGACUGUGUUGCCGGUAGUGGUUUGUCGUAUAGAAAGAGAAAUGUGCAGAGUUUGAGCUCGAGCAUCAAGGACAAGAGACCGGUCGCUAAUCAAAAGAUGGAGAGAAAUACUUUGGUUAUGAAGAGGGAGGAGAAUGUUGAGAAGGAUGCCUUCUGGAGGGCAAGACAUGGACAGAAGGUUACUUUCUAGGAUGGAUGCAUAUAUAUAUACCAUGUAUAAACACGUAUCUAAAUAGAAAAGAUAUUAGGAUAGCUAAAUAUCACCUAUUUUUGAAGAAAAUAAAAUUUACCCUCCAAAAAU